AUGGCAGCUUCAACCUCUAAUUCCGACAUCAAAGUCACCCUCUACUGGCUAAGCCAGUCUCGCGCCCAGUCGAUUCUCUGGGUUUUAGAGGCUCUGUCAGUUCCAUACCAACUCAAGACAUUCAAACGUGGACCGGAUAUGCUGGCGCCCAAGGAACUCAAAGACAUUCACCCCCUCGGAAAGUCGCCGGUUAUAAGCGUUGAGCGUCCCGAGUUCUCGAAGCCGUUGAUCCUAGCCGAAUCAGGCGCGAUUGUCGAGUACUUGCUUGACCAUUUUGGUGGCGAAGAAAAGGGGCUUGUUCCCAGGCGCUACGCCAGCGAGGAAGAUAAAACCAAGGGCAUUGAGACGGAAGAGUGGUUGAGAUAUAGGUUCUAUAUGCACUACAUUGAGGGAAGCCUGAUGCCUCAGUUGGUUACUGCUUUGAUUAUAGACGGUGUCCGCCAGUUCCCUGUGCCGUUCUUCGUCAAACCCAUCACCGGCAUCGUAGCCAACAGGAUUCAAGCCAGCUGGCUUGACAAGCAGUUUGCUGUCCACUUCCCUUUCUUGGAGGGCCAGCUCAAGACUGUGCCAGGCACAACCGAGACUCAGAAAGGUGGUAUUUGUGGCCCCACGUUCAAUGCUGCCGACAUUUUGAUGAGUUUUCCCGUGAUUGCCGCCACAAACCGCGGAAUUUACUCCAAAACCGACUGCCCUGAACUUGUUGCUUAUGCGGACAGACUUGAAAAGGAUGCAGGCUACCAGAAAGCAGUGAAGAAGAUCGAAGAGGUGGAGGGCCAGUUUGUUUCGACUUUGUAA